GUCAGCAUACACAAUAUUCAUAGAUAUCAAUCAGUGUUCCUGAGACUAUAAUCCAUUGCACAUUAGUUAUAAACUAGUUUUGUUUUGUGUUUUAAUAAAGAUCAAACGAUCAUGUCUGGAGUUAUCAAUAGAUGCAAAGGAUAACCAAUAACCCCUUGAAGGAGUCCUAGGCCAGGGAAGGAUCACCAUUCACCGCUAGUCCCCUGAACAGCCACCUGAAGGGAUUUAGGAGAAAAGGAUCAUCACCAUUCCCCUGAAGGGGUUCAAGAGUUAUAGAGUAAGGUCACUACUAAGCCCCUAAAGUGGUUCAGGAGGUGCCGAAGGGGCCCUACAAACCCCCUGAAGUGUUCCAGGAGUAGGCAAGGGUUGCUACUAAACCCCUAAAGUGGUCCAGGAGUACGGAAGGGUCACAACUAGGCCCCUGAAGUGGUCCAGGAGUAGGGAAGAAGAUCUCCAGAAUGAUCUCCAGUAGUGUUCUCUACGGUAACAGUGCUGUCAAUAAUUCGUUCAGCCUUGGUUCCCCAACCUCGCUGAGUUCCAAUGAAUCUCUUCAAGGAACAAGUUCUACUCUCCAGGAACCUGAAUCCGGUCCAGAUAUGGUUGAGCUACCUAUGUCCCCAGCAAGUGAAACUACGGAGGAUCUAGAAGAUCUGGAUUUUAUUGACGAUGAAACAAUUCUGGAUUCAGAUAUGACAGAAAUUAUUCAGGAUGUUAUGCAGAUGGAUGCUUCAGCUCUUAAUAUUCAUCAUGAAUCCAUUCAACAAGUUCAGAAUACAAAUCAAGCAAAAUUUAACAACCAAACCAAACUGAUUAACCAAACCAAACAACUCAAUCAACCCAAACUGAUUCAGCAUUCCAUCCAAACUACCAUUAGUAAUAUCAAUGGGUUCGAAUUGACAAGUGCAGAUUCCAAACAAUUAAAUUUACCAAGUAUAUAUUCACAAUCUACUACACCGUUAGUUAGACCUACAAUACCUAAUCAUUUGAAUCCUGGGAUUCCUACUCGACCCUCCAUUGUUAUCCAGCCCAUAUCGAUUGUUAGUAAAGGUAACCCAACCCGUCCUUCUCAACCUGUAUCCGCCCCAACAUGUCCAUUUCAACCCGUAUCCAUUCCAAACCGAUUUUCCCAACCCGUAUCCACCCUAACCCAACCCUCCCAACCUGUAUCAACCCCAAACCGAUCUUCCCAACCUGUAAACGUCCCUACCCGUCCCAAUCACCCUGUAUCCGUCCAAACCCGUCCCUUCCAUCCUGUAUCCGUUACAUCCCAAUCCCAACCUAUAACCGUUCAAACCCGUCCCUCCAAACCAAUGACCCUCCCAACCCAACCGAUAUCCCUGGUAUCCGUCCCAAAAAUAAUAAAAGGAAGGAGAACUGUAUCUGAACCCAAAGUGUUAACCAAACCUGGAGAAGGAAGGAGAAAACCGCCAAAUAUUCUCAAGGUUCAAAUUCUACAGAACAAAGAGAACGCUCCAACCAUCACCCCGGAAGCCAAUUCCCAGGUCGAGAUUAAACUUCAGCCUCAAAAACUAAAGAGUCCAAAGCCUGUUAAAAGGCCAGACCCUGUUAAAUCUUCGAGGUCGGUGAAAAUUCUAACCUCGCAAGAGAUCUCAUGUAUAUUAUCACAGAAGGAUGAGUUUGUUCGAACAGAAACUAUCAUGCAUGUUGAACCAGCAAUAUACCCAGACAUAACCAACCUGGAGUCCAAGUAUAUCGGGAAUAUGGAGCGAACCUUUAAAGUAUUUGAAAACCUUGAGGCUCGAACAAUCCGUACACCAGCAGAGGAAAAAGUUGCACGUUUUAUGAACGGACUUGACUGCUGGGGUGUCAACGACGAAAUCCCCGGACCGAUGUUUGACGGAUUUUUCCGGGUUCAGGACACUCUAUCCUACCUAGAGCUGCCGGAGGAUUGGAGAGAUGACUCGCUGUUCCACCAGCUGGAUGAGAUGACCCUCUCAGAGCAAGUGUUUCUAAACAAAUGGCUUCCGCAAUGCUCAUUACAACCAAGAACUGAACCAUAUAGGAAUAUGAUCAGAAAACUUAACAGACAGGAUCCUAAAUUCAAUAUAGCUUGGUGAUCCAUAAUCCAUAAAUAAUAUAGUUUGGUGAUCCAUAAUCCAUAAAUAAUAUACAGGGUUAACUGUAGUUUGGUGAUCCAAAAUCCAUAGAUAACAUAGUUUGAUGAUCCAUAUUCCAUAGAUAAUGUAGUUUGAUAAUCCAUAAACCAUAGACAAUAAAGCUUGAUGAUAUUCCACAGUUUUAUAUAGUUCAUAAACCAUCGCCCAUAUUUAGUUCAUAAACCAUCGCCCAUAUUUGAGUUUAGUUUUGUGAUCCACUAUUCAUAGCUCAUUAAAGUUUGGUGAUCCGUAAUCCUUAUCUGAAAUAGUUUAAUGGUCCGUAAUCCUUAUCUUAAAUAGUUUAAUGAUCCGUAAUCCUUAUCUUAAAUAGUUUAAUGAUCCGUAAUCCUUAUCUUGUGAUCCGCAGAAUCCAUAAUAUUUCAAUUCAGUUCAAAUAAAGCUCAAUACUCAAUAAUGCACACAUAUUGUAACCGACUGUUUGUAAAUAGAAUUUAGCUGCUGUAUUUAUAUAAUCUAUGAUGUAGUGUAAAAACUUUUGUAGUUUAUUAUCGAUGUACUGAUUUACAAUCUUUUAGUUUCAAACAAAGCUAUGGAGGAAAAUAAAUUUUGGCAAAUUUUUGA